AUGCCAUCUUCCCGCAGAUCUGGGCGUGCCACUGGCCCCAGGAAAAGUUACACCCAGGAUGUUUUUCAAGUAGCUGGAAUCAGCGAUGGAUCUGACAAUGAUGAACAAGCAGUGUCUUCCAUGCUCAAACCCAAGCGCAUCAAGAGAGAAGACUCCCCUUCUGAUGAGGAGUUUAUGGCAACCUUCGACGAUGAAACCAACGGCAGAUAUGCUAAUGAAGAAAAUGAAGAGGAUGCCGAAGAAGAAGACGAAGAAGAAGCGGAAGAAGCACCUGAUGAAUCCGAUUUGGAUGAAAUGGACAUCGAUGAACCUAAGGUCACCAAGAGAACAAGUAAAAAACGCGAUUUAUCCCUAAAAAAGCGAAAGCCUGAUGGAACAAUUGUUCCAGAUGCGACGGAGACACAUUCUCGCGGUAUUAUUGAUCCCAAGGACCAUCUAUCCAAAAACACAUAUUACAACUUGACAUUCGGUGCCGAUGAUCGUGACUUGAUCGCUGCUAUCUUUUUCCGUGGCAUAUGGAACCAGGGACGUGACUCGGUCUUCCCAACUCGCGCCACCCUGGAGGGCCCUAGACCGGGUGGACAUGUCUACGGUCCGACGCACGGCGUCCAUCCAGACGACGUGAAGAGGGAGAGCACUCGUGGAUGGGACUGGUACUAUGACAAAGAGUCUGGAGAAAUAUUUCGAAAGCGACAAUGCACUGAGAAGAUUAAAGAAACAACGGCUUGCCAGAAGUACUUACCACAACCAAAGCACCGGCACCACGAUAUUCUUCUGGGACCUUAUGACAACCAGCAGCUUUUCAGCCUAAGGUACCAUGAGUCAUUCGAUUAUGGAAAGGUCUGGGGAGAAAGGCAGCCCAAAGCAAAUGAAUCAGCAAGCAAGACGAAUAAAAUCCGAGAGGGGUGGAUCCUUAACCUGGGUCACAAGAUCAAUUGCAUGGCUUGGGCUCCGAACCACGAAGGGCUUUCUCAGUACCUGGCUGUGGUUGUACCAAUCACUGAAGAGCAAAAGGCUGCGUACAAGCCUGACGACGGCGAGCCUAGCUCAUCACUAAAACCCUCUCCACCUUUCCCUUGUGCGAUACAAAUAUGGGAGUUCAGAGCCAAAAAUAGUGAUACAUCCACACAAACUCUGAACAUGGAAUGCAAGCCUCAGUUACGCCAAGUUCUCUGUGCUGAGUGGGGAGAUUUGACGAGAAUAUCUUGGUGCAGAUUGCCGCGAGAAAAACGAGAUGAAGAUGAUGAAGAAGAAGCAACAAAGUCUGUCGGACUGCUAGCAGGCGUUUGGGGAGAUGGAAAAGCCAAGGUCCUGGAUAUCAAACUACGCCGAGGGUCAAAAGCAACUGAAUACAUUAAACUCCAAUCGCCCGCUUUUGAAGCGAAGCCGCCCGGCACAAUCUGCACAUGUGUUACUUGGAUGUCUCCUAGUGAUAUUGCUGUAGGGUGCAGCAAUGGAUUUGUCGCUAUUUGGAAUAUUGCAUCCUCUGCAUCUGAACCACUUCCGUUUUUCUAUCAACCAAUUCACUCAACAUGGGUGUUAGAUAUUACGUCGGUAUACCCAAAUCAUCCUCACCAUGUUAUAACCAUGUCCAUGGAUGGUGAAACGUAUAUGUGGUCCAUUCUCGAUCCCGUGGCCGAUAAAGUCUCGACAGUCCGCAUGCGGAUGCCAGCUCCCCACAUUAGCUAUUCUCCCAUCCUUCAAUCUGCUGUUUCAGGUGACGAACAGGAAUUUGCCCGCAUCAUGCCAAUCCGAAGAUUCUUUACGAGUACUGGCAUAGGCAGGUUCUCCAGCAACGUCUCGGCCUUGGCUCCAUGCAGUUUUUCGCACCCCUGUGUACUUUAUGGGAGUGCUGCAGGAGAGGUGAUGGGAGUCAAUCCUUUCCGCCGUGUAGUCUACAACAAGGAGCAAGUGUUCCAGCAAAUGUGGUUUACACACGAAUGGGUCCCAAGCUCGAAAGCCGACACCGCGGGGACUAGCCGCUUUUUCGAUGGAUACCGAGCAGACAACCAGAGACUGGUUAAACACAAAACCACAGACACUAAGCCGAUCACCGGCAUUACAACCUCCACAAUUUACGAAGAAGGCACUCACGUCACAGCCCUCGGGUGGAACCCCAACCAGUCUUGUUGUGCGUGGGCAAGUGCAGCACUGGGGAGCGGAUUGGUACGAGUGGAGGAUCUAGCUAUCUAG